AUGAGUCAUCGUUUCCCGUUAAACAGUAGCAGACAAAGAUCCUUCUUUGCUCGAAUUCAACCCUCCUCCUCAUCAUCUGCUUCAUCAUCAUCUUCAUCAGCACCGCAACAAUCAGGAUCACAAGAAUCAAAAACAACGGAUACUCAUUCUGUUUCGGAAGAACAAUCCAUCAAUUUAUUUAAUCAUUCAAUGAUCGAUGAACACGUUGAAGGAAGUAGUAGUGGAUAUCAAUUGCAUGUUUUAAAGAAACAUCCCUCUCUGUUUGAAGAUUCUCCAUCAUGUUUUAAUGUUGAUGACAAAUCAAAUUUUAUUAAAGUAGAAAAGAAUAUGGUUACCAUUAAAUAUACAGGGAGAGGAAAUCAACAACAAGAAAUUGGCUCUAUUCGGGCCAACGUUCCGUUUUCAGGAAGAAAUUUAAUUGAUUAUUUCGAAAUUCAAAUAAUUUGUGCUGGAGAACGAUCCUCCAUCAUGAUUGGACUAACUGACGAGAAAUCUGAUUUUGUAAAUACGCGACAUCCUGGAUAUGAUGCUAACUCUUUUGGAUUAUUUGGAUUAGAUGGUGCCAUGUACACAAACUCAAAAAAGGUGAAAUCAAUUACAACAAAAUUUGCAGAUGGUGAUGUUAUUGGUUGUGGAGUCAACUACAAUCAAAAGAAUAUUUUCUUUACAAAGAAUGGAGUGUCUCUAGGAGUUGCAUUUCAGAUCAAGUCGUGCGGAAGAUUAGUACCCACUGUUGGCAUGCAUUCUAAAAACGAAGUGGUGAAGGGAAUAUUUUCCAAUUUCCGCUUUGAUUUAGAUUCCAUGAUUGAAAACGAACGGAGAAAUGUACAACAAUAUGUAGAUAGUAUUAAAUUAUUUGAUGAAGACACCAGUUCUUCGUGGAGCCAAACACUUUCUGACAAGUCGACUGAACGAAGAGAAGGAAGCGAAUUAGACCUACUAGUGAGAGAUUAUCUUUUUUAUUAUGGGUUUAGUGAUACUCUAAAGGUAUUUGAGCAAUCAGCUGCCCUUAAGCCCACCCUUGAUAACUCGUGUGAAACUAGAAAAAUAAUUUGUAAAUUAAUUGAAGCUGGUGAGGCCCAAAAAGCAUGUACCAUGAUUGAGGAAAAGUUUCCUGAAUGCCUAAACGAAUAUGAUGAUGUAAGAUUACGCCUCUAUUGUCAAAUAAUGAUUGAAAUGCUCAAAAAUCAUCAAUUAUUGGAGGCUUUACAGUUUUCAAAACAGAAGAUAGCGAGAUACAUCUUCACCAACAAUAAUAUGGACCAAUUUGAUGGCGUGACUAAUGGGUCGUCACCAAGCACAUCAUCCAAGAAAAAGAAGAAAAAUGCAGCAAGCCUUUCUAAGUUGGCUUUGGAAACGGUGGGGUUGUUGGCUUUCAGUGACUUGUCUACCUGUCCCUUCACUCAUCUCUUAAGCCAAGAUUAUAGAAAUGAAUUAUCAUCACUUGUAAAUCAAAUGUUAUUGGCCUAUUCGGGUGAGAAGAGAAGUUUCUCAUCUCUAGAGACCUGUGUGAGGCAAUUGGAUCUCGUAAGGAAAGCACUCAUUGAGAAUGGAUCUGGAAACUUGAUCGACUACGAUAGCUUAUAG